AUAUUGAGCGAUCAUAGACUGAUAAAGUGGGCGUUGUAAAGAGUACCAGUGAACAGUCCACACUGCACUGUUAGUGUACAUGGCCACCCCAGGACCUAGCAAUGCUGGACCCAGUACUGCUGGAGCAACCCCAGACACCUCCAGUGGGCCAAAAGUGGCUGAUCAAGUACCUUUCCAUGACAUGUGCUCGCUGAUGGAGAAAAUAAACAACACGAGUGGUACUGACCGAAAGAAACGCAUUCUCAAGAGCUUUGUGGAUAAGUGGAGAGAGGCCCAUAACAAACUUCACAGCACUCAAGCUGCCACCACCACGGACUCAUUUCACCCGGCCAUGAGACUGCUCCUCCCACAGUUAGACAGAGCGCGACCAGCCUACGGCUUGAAAGAGGUCGCCUUGGCAAAACAGUACAUUGACAUCCUUAACAUUGCCAAGGAGAGUCUGGACGCACAGAAACUACUUCACUAUCGAGCGCCGCAAGCUGCUAAACAGGAUGCUGGGGACUUUGCGGCAGUUGCUUUCUUUGUACUUAGAAACCGCUGCCCUGAUCAAGGAAGUCUCACGGUGUCCCAGGUGAACCAGUACCUUAACGAUCUAGCCAUGUCCAACGCCAAGAAGGAGAGAGCUGGUGUAAAGAAAGCAUUGCAGCUGCUACUCAGAAACACCAGUGCCAUGGAGCAAAAGUGGCUCAUCAGAAUGAUACUAAAGGAGCUCAAGACCGGAUUGAGCGAGAACUCGGUGUUCAGUGUCUUCCAUCCUGACGCCGUCGACCUGUUCAGCGUGUGCAGCAGCUUAGAGAAGAUAUGUCAGGACCUGCGUGAUCCCUCCGUUCAUCUCAACGAGACCUCCAUCGCGUAUUUCACACCGUUCAGACCAAUGCUGGGACAAAGGGCGGUCAUUGAUCAGGUCUUACGUCUUAUGGAGCACCAGACGUUCUUCAUUGAGACAAAAUUCGACGGUGAUCGUAUCCAGAUGCAUAAGCAGGGCAACCAGUACAGAUACUACACACGAAGUUCUAGGGACUACACACGUUCCUUUGGCUCCUCCCCCUACGAGGGAAGAUUCACUCCUACGAUUCACGAUGCCUUCAACAGUAAGGUCAAGUCUUGCAUUCUUGAUGGGGAAAUGGUGGGCUGGGAUGUGGAGACUGAGAGCUUCUUACCUAAAGGAGACAAUGUUGAUGUGAAGGCACUGGGCGGAGAUGACACAGACAGUGGUAGUCAGCAAUGCUUCGUUGUGUUCGAUGUCCUGAUGAUCAAUGAUACUAACCUCGCUAAUUGCCCACUGAGUGAGAGAGCUGAACAGCUGAAAAAGGUGUUUGAGCCAGCAUUGGGACAUCUGCAUCUUGUCGACAGAAAUGAAGGAUCAACCAAAGAAGAUGUAGUUGCUGCUCUGAACAAUGCCAUUGACAAUAGAGAAGAGGGUAUAAUUGUAAAACUUCCUUCCUCAACGUACAAACCCGACAAAAGGAAAGGCAGUGGAUGGUUGAAAAUCAAGCCCGAGUAUGUGGACAGUCUCAGCGAUCAGCUGGACGUUAUUAUCAUUGGAGGCUACUUUGGAAAAGGGAGUCGAGGCAAGAUGAUAUCUCACUUCUUGUGUGGAGUGGCCUUACCGAGUGUGGUCCCUGGAGGAAGACCUUCCGUCUUCCAGUCAUUUUGCAAGGUAGGGUCUGGCUACAGUCUCACUGAGCUGAGGGAAGUGGGGGCUAAACUGAAGCCACACUGGAGGCCAUUCAACACCAAGAGUCCUCCGGAGAGCGUCGUCCUCGCCCCUGGGUUCAAGGAGAGGCCAGACUUAUGGAUUGAGCCACAAAACUCCAUCAUUGUACAAAUAAAAGCAGCAGAAAUUGUGUCCUCUGGGAAGUAUAAGUGUGGUUGCACACUUCGAUUCCCUCGAGUGGAGAAGGUACGAGAUGACAAGGAAUGGUACGACUGUAUGAAUGUGGAUGAGCUGGAGCAACUCAAACAGAUAGCGUCAGGGCGUCUGAGCUACCAGCACGUGGGAGACGGCGACCAGCCACCUGCCGCUAAGAAGAGGAGGGUGGGCUCGGCGAGGGUGGAGCGUCCCAGGGGAGUAGCGGCACAGUUCAGACAGACCGACACAACUGAUGUACAAGAGGUGUCAAGCAUGUUCGAUGGUAAGGAGUUCUGUGUUGUGAACGGCCCAAAGGCUCUACCCAAGGAAGAGAUUGAGAAGAAGAUAGCAGAGCAUGGAGGGUCAUUUGUACAGAACCCAGGUCCAGACACGUUCUGUGUUCUGGUGAACAGGACCAUUGUCAAGGCAACGAACAUCAUCAAGACUGGACUGUACGAUGUUGUUAAGACUCAGUGGUUUCAAGAUUGUCUAGCAGCUGGAAAAUGCCUGUCGUUUGUACCCAUUCACAUGCUCCACAUUUCAGCAGCUACUCUCAGCAAAAUGUCCGAACUUUACGACAAGUACGGAGACAGCUACACACUAGACCUCACUGAAGAGAGCAUCCGCGAUGUCUUCAAGAACGUGGAGAAGAAGGAGGGGGACAGGAGCUCUGGCAUCACACCAGAGGAGAUAGCCACCAUUGAGGAGCGAUACUUUCCUAAUGAUAGUCCUCACGGCCUUUUCAGACAACACACAUUCUAUUUGGACAAGUACAGUUGUGUUGGAAACACCAGUACGAGUAUCAGUGCUAGUGGCCUGGACUUGGUGGGUAUGGACGUGCGUCUCCAUGGAGGCACGAUUGUGGACACACUCAGUGAGAGGGUCUCUCACAUCAUCUUCAGCAGAAGAGAUGUGUCACGGUUGUCUACACUGCGUGGACUAGAGAGAAAGCGUCAUCGCAAGCACCAUUUUGUGUUCACUGACUGGGUGACUGACUGCAUCGAGUCAGGAUCCCUCAAGAAUGAAAGACUCUAUGAACCUUAAGAAACACCACCUGGCACCAUUCUACAACAUUACAUGUCUGUGUAUUUGCCCCUAAAAAAGAUUGAACUAUUACCGUAUUUACUCUAUUUAAGACGACAUGCAUACAUUUUGGUUCUCAUAAAUUGAAUAUUAGAAUAAAUAC